AUGGUUAAUGACAAAGAUCCCGAAGAUAGUUACCGAAAAAAACUGGACAUGUGCAUUACAGAUGCCAUCAUAAAAGGAGGUGGAGGCGUACUACUGGGCAGCUUGGCGUCGGUGCUUAUAAUUAAGAGGAGGUGGCCCAUCACAACUGGUUUAGGCAUAGGCAUGGGUAUUUCUUUCGCCAACUGCCAGUACGCUCUAAAUAAUAGAACUAAUUCUCUUUAA